AUGACAAAGGUAUUCGGGGAUAGGAUGACUACGACCCCUCCCUCUGCAUCCCAUGUCUUUAUUUCCUGCGGAGUGCUCGAGGGCAUCUUUCUGUGUGUCAAUUUGGGCACCUUUUCCCCGCUGAUUUUCGAAAUGUUUAUGUACCGCUGGCAAAACUUGUGA